GAAAUUCUUUUUUUCUUCUGUUCGCUUUGCUGAACUGUUAGAACGUCCCAGGAUGAUUUCAUGCGUUUUUAUAAAGAAUUAGGAAGCAUAGGCAGGUAAGGCAGAUUAGACGCCAGACAGGAUAAUUUCCGCUUCCGGUGCCAUAGGGCAAGUGGAAUGUAAACACGGACCGCGGAGUGGCUUUCAGAAUGGCUUCCUUUGGGUGGAAGAGGAAAAUUGGCGAGAAGGUGUCCAAGGCCACGUCCCAGCAGUUUGAAGCUGAAGCAGCUGAUGAGAAGGGCGCAGCUGAGAGUGAGGAUGGGAACUGGCUCCACGCCAGCAAACGGAGGAAGGAAACCCUGCAGGAAGGCUGUAAACAGAGGAGUAAGCAGCUGAAGGACGAAGGGGCUCAUCUGGCCGAAAACAAACGGUAUCAGGAGGCGAUUCGGAAGUGGGAUGAAGCACUCCAGCUAACCCCCGAGGACGCCACCCUUUAUGAGAUGAAGUCACAGGUCCUGAUGUCUCUUCAUGAAAUGUUUCCAGCAGUACAUGCGGCGGAAAUGGCUGUCAAGCGUAACCCACACUCAUGGGAGUCUUGGCAAACUUUAGGUCGAGCUCAGCUUGGAUUAGGAGAGAUAGUCCUGGCAAUUCGAAGUUUUCAAGUAGCCCUGCACAUAUAUCCAAUGAACCCUGAAAUAUGGAAGGAAGACCUUUCUUGGGCGAGAAAGCUCCAGGAACAGCAGAAGGUAGCACAGAGGAUUGAAAAAAAGGAAAUUCCACCGGAAGGACCAGACCUCUCACCAGGGGCGAUCCCUGACUAUGACUUUGAGAGCGAUGAGAUUGUUGCUGUUUGUGCCGCUGUGGCGGAAAAACAGAAGUCAGCGUCUGCAAAUAAAACAAUGGUUAUUGUGUCAGCUUCUGGGACAGUGGAGAUAGUAAACGAGAAGGAAGAGGGCUCUUCCGCCCCAGAUGGCUCUGUCUUUAUCAAAGCCCGAUGAAGCCAUACACAAUGAAAAGGUGUUUGAACCUUUUCUUUCUUUGUUUUUUUUUUGGUUGCUACUUAAUGCUUAGAUGAAUGACAUAGGCAUAUGUACUCUGGAGGAAAAGGGAAAAACGAUCCUGUUUUAAAAUGAGUUUUUUAGAUGAAACAUACCAGAAUCAAGUUGUGGAAUUAUUCUCAGUGAGUGGACUGUGUUAUAUACUUAAGGUUAGCAUCUUAGGUGAAAUGUGUUUUGAUGAGAAGCAUUUGACUUGACCGUAUGGGAGUUUCCUUAAAGCCGCAGUUUGGAAAGGAUGUUCUUGAAUAGUGUAACUAGACAGGCCAUUACUGCAGUGCCCACAUGGAGACUGCUUUGUGAUAGAGGAAGUGUGCGGCUUCUUCCCCUCCUGUGAAUCUGCUGCUGUCAUCCCCCCAUUUUUCUUGCUUCACUGGUGUAAGUUUUCAUCAAGAUGAAUAUUUCUGACAUUCAUUUGGAUUCAAAGUUAUCACUGAAUAUGUUAUAUGUGAAUAUUUGAAAUAUUUGAAGUUUGCCUAAAAAUGCAUGCAAAUGUAUAUGUCCUGAACAUUUCUUUGAAGAUUUUGUUCUUGUUGUCCUAAUGUUCUGAUUUGUGCUUCCAUUUUGACUGAAGUUAAGGAGUGGUAAGUCCCUCAGUACUUGGUAACUGGAUACUGUGUGUCAGCGAUGGACUCGCUUUCCUCUUCAAGAUGGAGUCAUCUUUACCAUAAGUCAGUCCUUUGUAAAGAUGGAUGGCAUUUGCAGAUUAUCUGUCAGUAAAGUCUACUCCUGCAUUAUCCUGAUCAAAAAAGAGUUUCUUUUCCUUUUUCUUUUAGUGGGGAGGUUAACCUAAACUAGCCCGCUGGAUUAGCACCCACCACUGAGCUAGAUCCUCAUACCUUUUGUUCUUAUUUUUGAAAGUAUGAAGAACCUUGAAAACCUUUUUUCCCUUUUUGGCUUUUGUUUUUUAGUGACAAGUUCUUACUUUUAGCCCAUGGUUAUCUUUAGCUCAAGGUUAUCUUCCUGACUCAGCAUCUAGACUGCUGGGGAUACAAGUAUGAUCUACCAGAGCUGACUAAUACCUCUUGCUUGCAACUUUAUAGUGCACAAUUUAAAAACAUCUUUCUAAAUAGCUUUUUGGGGAACUAUUCAGUGAAAUGAAAAAAAUAGUUACAAGUUCAAAUCAGUAUCAAAUCUCUUUAAAAGUAAAAAGACAAAGUUAUUAAAGUGUCAGUAUGUGACUGACAAGCAAGGAGCGGGAAUGGAUUAAUGUAUAAUCCCACAAGUAUGAGGUGGAUACGGUAAGGAAGAGUUCAGUGCGUGGUGUGGUAGCUAAUGCCUAUAAUCCCAGCACUGAAGAGGCUAAGGCAGGAGAGUUGUAAGUUCAAGGCCAGCCUGGGCAACAUAGCAAGCCCCUUGCCUCAGAACAAAGCAAAAACAGUCGAAAAAUAAAACAACUCAAGAAAAAGUUUAUUAGAAAUUCUGAGUCACGGUCACAAACCAAUACUAUUGCUAUGAAUUACUGUUUUUAUUUCAUAUAUUAUAGUACAAACAUAUGCGACUGUCAGGUGCUGUUCACUCUGAUACUCAGGCAGUUAUGAUUGAUGUAACAUUUUCUUUUAGAGAUAAAAAUUAUCUCUGUUGUAUUAUGUAAUCUUAGCAAAAACUGUUGAGACAUAUAAAUAUUGUCUGUAUUUUUAUGAGGAUGAUAUUUUUGAAAGUAUUUUAAUGGAAUGUUCUCUAGUUUUUCUUCCAAAGUUAGAGAAUCAGCAGUUUCCUUAAGUAUUAUAUUCACCCCCCUAAUUAUAUCUUCAGAUAAUUAGCCCCAGGAUAGCAGAGAGUUUUAGAAUGAUUAAAAAAAUAUUUUGUUAAAUAACAAGGGAUAUUAUCAGAGAAUAGCUAGAUGCCUAGAGAAUUGAAUAUGUCACAUUUGAUAUGUUACAUACAAAUGUCUGUUUGCUAUAUGAUUUGUGACUAGUUUUCCAUCCGUGUCUUGGAGAGUUUCCUCUUAGAUUUUGAAAAUUACAUUUGUACCUUUUUUUUAGACACUUUGCACGUUUCCUCAUACAUGCUAGCUAGUUCCAGGAAGAGCUUGUCUUAGUUAGGAAUAUUUCUUCUCACUUCUUCUGAAUUUUGAAAAGAUCUUUAUAGUUAGUCUUUUAUCUGAAGUUACUGCUUGUGAUACUGAAAGAUGGUUGUCAGUUGGAGAUUGUUCUUGGCAUAGAGUCUAUGCCUCAACCUCAGAAGAGCCAAGUCCCCACAUGGCCUGCAUGCCGCUCCGCACUGAUGAGCCUGUUGUUCAACUGUACUGGCUGGUAUUGGUGGGCCAUGCUAGUCCUCUACUAUCCAGGUAUAAGACACAAAAUAGAUGUGAGACGGGGCAAAGGGAGAAUGAGUUAUGAAGAAGAAGGAAAGGUUCAUUUCUCCAGACCCCAAAAGGUAAAGAACCUUCCAUGCAGGAAGAGACACACAUCCGUUAAUUUGCUGUGGUAUGAGCAACAAUAUAUAAAAGUUCACUAAGACGUUAAUUCUAAUAAAACUCAAAUUUUAUGAAUCUGGAGAAAAUGAUACUCAUAGCAAUAAUUAUGUUUAAUAAAUGAUCAUAAACAA